CGAGGACUUCUACCGGGAGGCCAUCGAGCAUUGCCGCAGCUACAACGCGCGCCUGUGCGCCGAGCGCAGCCUGCGCCUGCCGUUCCUCGACUCGCAGACCGGUGUGGCCCAGAACAACUGCUACAUCUGGAUGGAGAAGACCCACCGCGGGCCUGGUUUGGCCCCGGGACAGAUCUACACUUACCCCGCCCGCUGUUGGAGGAAGAAACGGAGACUCAACAUCCUGGAGGACCCCAGGCUGCGGCCCUGCGAGUACAAGAUCGAUUGUGAGGUACCCCUGAAGAAGGAGGGUGGCCUUCCGGAAGGGCCGGUCCUCGAGGCUCUGCUGUGUGCUGAGACAGGAGAGAAGAAGGUCGAGCUGAAGGAGGAGGAGGCCAUUAUGGACUGUCAGAAACAGCAGUUGCUGGAGUUUCCGCAUGAUCUCGAGGUAGAAGACUUGGAGGAAGACAUUCCCAGGAGGAAGAACAGGGCCAAAGGAAAGGCAUAUGGCAUUGGAGGUCUUAGGAAACGCCAGGACACCGCUUCCCUGGAGGACCGAGACAAGCCGUACGUCUGUGAUAUCUGUGGGAAGAGGUAUAAAAACCGUCCAGGACUCAGCUACCACUACACCCACACCCACCUGGCUGAGGAGGAGGGGGAGGAGCAUGCUGAGCGCCACGCCCUGCCUUUCCACCGGAAAAACCACCAUAAACAGUUUUACAAAGAAUUGGCCUGGGUCCCCGAGGCACAGAGGAAACACACAGCCAAGAAAGCACCAGACGGCACCGUCAUCCCCAAUGGCUACUGUGACUUUUGCCUGGGGGGCUCCAAGAAGACUGGGUGUCCCGAGGACCUCAUCUCCUGUGCAGAUUGUGGGCGAUCAGGACAUCCCUCGUGUUUACAGUUCACGGUGAACAUGACCGCGGCUGUGCGGACCUACCGCUGGCAGUGCAUCGAAUGCAAGUCCUGCAGUCUGUGUGGCACCUCAGAGAAUGACGACCAGUUGCUGUUCUGUGAUGACUGCGACCGAGGCUACCACAUGUACUGCUUGAGCCCUCCCAUGGCGGAGCCCCCGGAAGGGAGCUGGAGCUGCCACCUCUGCCUCCGGCACUUGAAGGAAAAGGCUUCUGCCUACAUCACCCUCACUUAGGCCUGGCUCUGCUUCUCCAGGACCUUUGGGUGGUGCUAACUUUCCUGGCUGGAGGAGCUCCUGGCUCCUCCCACUCGGUGUCCCCAGUGGGAGGGAGAGGGUGAAGCCCAGAGGGGGCCACGGUGUUCUCCCUCUGCAAGUGGAAUGUUACCCCGUGGGUGGGUGGGUCCAGUAGGGCUCCUCCUGCCCCCGUCUCCAUCCCUUGGCAAAUGGGCACCAGGGGCUUCUGCUCCCCUCAAAGCCAUACCCCGCCUCUGGGCGGGCAUAGGGGGGUAGUGGAUGCCAGCUGGGGGCACGGAAAGAGCCUUUUUCUAAAGAAAAAGACUAAAAAAAAAAAAAAAAAAAGAAAAGAAAUUAAUAU